GGAAUCCGGCUGUUGCUGCGCGCGGACACACAGGCAGGCAAGGACGCUCCAGAGCCGCGAGCUGGGGACGGCGGUUCCCGAGACACGCGCGAGCCCUCUUUGAUGCGCCGCUCCAUUCAACGAUCACAUUCACCUGGAUGGCUGUGCGACCUGCGGACGAGAGAGAAUUUCAGAUUUGGAGAAUAACUUUUUCUCAGAGGAAAUCAUAGAAUUUGUGGAAUUUAACUAAAUAAAAUAUUACUGUCUUAAAAAGAGGAUUUUAUUUUCACAUUUAAUGAAGAGCGGGGGACGUUAUCUUUGGGAACAAUGUAAGAAAAUAACAGCGGCAGUCGGGAUUUUUUGUACCUGUUUCUUGCAUAGGGCGCGCAGUCGGAACUAACAGACAUUCAGAACUCCUGUCUGAGUUUUAACCUCCUCUUCAUCCCAGUAACGUCACAUUUAUUUGGCUCAGUAUAAGAAGAGAUUUCCGUUCAUUAUCAUACUUUUUGUGGACUUAUCUUAGGACUUACCGUCUUUUGGAAUUGUCGAAUCCCCCGUGAAUGCACCGAGCUCUGACCAUUGUCAUUAUGCAUCAGAUGGACUGGUAACUUACUCAAGGUUCCUGUGACUCUCAGGGUCGACUGACGCAGCCAUGGGCCAGUUACUGGGUUUUUGAAAGAAUCUAUACUCCCCCUCCUCUUCCUUCUUCUUUCCUCACCCCACUGAGCUGGAAGUUGACUCAUCCACAGUCAGAGAGAGGUGUCUCCUUCUAUUCAUCAACACACCAUGACAAGCAUUCUUCUUCUGAUUCCUGGCCAGGCAAGGUGGCCACUCCCAGUGCUAUUCUUGCAUAUUGCCCUUUUUCUGCUGAUGAGGGGUUGUUGUCAUGCAGCCCCCUCUGGCCCAGAGUCUGAUUCGUGUUCCACAUUAGUCCAAAGCCGCUUUUUUGGGUUUUUCCUGUCUUCUUCAGUGUUUCCCGCCGUGCCUUGUUCCUGGACCCUACAGAACCCCGAUCCACGACGCUACACAAUCUUCAUCAAAGUGACUAAACCCACUCAGCACUGUAUGCCGCAGCAGCUUCGCACAUUCCAGUAUGAUUCCUUCCUGGAGACUACACGCACCUACCUGGGCAUGGAGAGUUUUGAUGAAGUUGUGAGGCUUUGCGAUACAUCUGCGCCUGUGGCCUUCCUGGAGGCUGGGAAACAGUUCCUACAAAUGAGGAAAGGACAUCCUAGGGCUGGUAUGGCAAUCACAGAGGGAAAUGGAGAUUUCAAGACAGAGUAUCUCGUGGUGGGGAAGCGCAACCCUAGCAUGGCAGCUUGUCAGAUGCUGUGCCAGUGGCUUGAGGACUGUUUAACCUCCAGCACAUCCAACAGACCCUGUGGCAUCAUGCAGACUCCAUGUUUAUGCUGGGACCAGCCACCACUACUGAGUGAGGGCGAUAGCUGCUAUCACCAUGGAGUUUAUCUUGAAAACUGUUUACCCAGUGUGAAAGAGAGUGGAAAAGAUGUUGAGAUAAAUGGUGGCUGGAGUGUGUGGGGCCAGUGGGCACAGUGCAGCAGCGAGUGUGGUGGAGGGAUCCAAACCCGGAUUCGGACCUGUCGGUCACCUCCGGAGGAGUCAUACCUGUGUGAGGGCAUAGUGGAGGAGGGCCGGCCCUGCAACUCGCAGUCCUGCACUGGCAAAGGUCGCCAUCUCUCUCGCAGCCAAUCGCUUCGCUCGGUGGACAGCCGCAAGCGUGAUGACGUAGACAAGCCCCGCAGCGGACAGCAGAGCUCUCAGACAGUAGACUCAGCUUCAGGUGAGGAGUGGUCAUCAUGGAGUGUGUGUUCUGCCACAUGUGGGGAGGGCUGGCAGAGUCGCACUCGUUUCUGUGUGUCCUCCUCCUACAGCACCCAGUGUAGUGGGCCACUGCGAGAGCAGAGACCUUGCAACAACUCUGCUGUUUGUCCAGUGCACGGUGCGUGGGAUGAAUGGUCACCAUGGAGUCUUUGUUCAUCCACCUGUGGCCGAGGUUACAGGUCUCGAACACGAACCUGCACCCCCCCGCAGUUUGGGGGAGAUCCAUGUGAAGGGCCAGAGAAACAGACCAAAUUCUGCAAUAUAGCAGUCUGUCCAGUGGAUGGCGUCUGGAAUGAGUGGUCCAGCUGGAGCUCUUGCUCUGCCUCCUGUUCUAAUGGGACCAUGCAGAGAACCAGGGAGUGUAAUGGCCCCUCAUAUGGGGGUGCUGAGUGCAGAGGCGAGUGGCUGGAGACUGUCGACUGCUUCCUUGGAGAGUGUCCAGUGGAUGGCAAGUGGCAGACCUGGUCCUUGUGGUCGGGUUGUUCUAAAACCUGCGGAGGGGGGAGUCAGCAGAGAAACCGGAUUUGUUAUGGGCCCUUUUUUGGAGGGCAGCCUUGUCCUGGAGAGCGGGAAGAGGUCCGCAGCUGUAAUGAAAAGAGAUGCCCAGAACCUCAUGAAAUAUGUGGAGAGGACAACUACUCUAACGUUAUGUGGAAGAUGACUCCAGCUGGAGAUACAGCAGCAGUACGCUGUCCUCCAAAUGCCAUGGGGCUUAUCCUUCGCCGCUGCACCCUGGAUGAGGAGGGCAUUGCCUACUGGGAGAAUCCCACGUAUAUGAAGUGCAUUUCUAAUGACUAUCGCAGUAUACAGACUUUAACUCGGGAGCAUCUGUCCAAAGCGCAGCGUGGCCUUGUGGGAGAUGGAGUAUCAGAAGUAAUGACAAAGCUGAGGGAAAUAUCCAGUGAUGGAACCAGCUAUAGUGGUGAUUUGCUGGCCAUUGUAGAUGUGCUGAAGAACAUGACAGAGAUCUUCAGGAGGACAUAUUACAGCCCCAGCAAUGAGGACACGAGGAACUUUGUGCAAUCAGUCAGCAAUCUGUUGAUGGAAGAAAACAGGGAGAGAUGGGAGGAAGCACAACUGCUGGGGCCAAACAUCAAAGAGCUUUUCCGUCUGGUGGAGGACUUUGUGGAUGUCAUUGGCCUGAGGAUGAAAGACAUUCAAGACAUGUGUGAAGUCUCCGAUAACCUAGUUCUCAGCAUCCAUAAGCGUCCAGUAAGGGGUCAUGGAGGCAUCAGCUUUCCUAUGAAAAGCUGGAAGUGCAUGGUGGACUGGGCUCUCAGCCCUGAGAACAAGGUCAACAUUUCUAACAACAUCCUGUCUACUGGCAAGCCAGAUCCAGACGAUGCCUCGACAUUCGUAACUGGCAUUGCUCUGUACAGAAACCUGGGCAGCAUUCUCAAUCUGCAGAGAAACAGCACAGUCCUCAAUUCCAAGGUUUUGUCAGUGACCAUCAAGCCCACCCCUGCUUCCCUCACUGUUCCAUUUGUGGUUGAGUUCUCUCACCUUUAUAACGGCACCACCAACCACACCUGUAUAUCCUGGGAUGAGAGUGACAGCUCCUCUCUGCUGGGAUCCUGGUCUGCCAGGGGCUGCAAAACCGUGCUUGUCGACUCAUUCAGAACCAAAUGCUCUUGUGACAGACUGUCCACCUUCGCCAUUUUAGCACGGCUAAAUCCCGAAAUGAACAUGGAUAAGACACAACUCCCGUCUGUGACACUGAUUGUAGGCUGUGGAGUGUCUUCACUGACAUUGCUGCUACUCAUCAUCAUCUAUGUGUCUGUCUGGAGGUACAUCCGGUCUGAGCGUUCAGUCAUCCUCAUUAACUUCUGCCUCUCCAUCAUCUCGUCCAAUGCUCUUAUUCUCAUUGGACAGACGCAGACACGGAAUAAGAUCUUAUGCACCCUGAUUGCUGCGUUGCUUCAUUUCUUCUUCCUGUCUUCAUUCUGCUGGGUUCUGACAGAGGCAUGGCAGUCCUACAUGGCAGUGACAGGCCGCCUCAGGAAUCGCAUCAUACGCAAGCGUUUCUUGUGUCUCGGCUGGGGUCUCCCUGCUCUAGUAGUGGCGAUCUCAGUGGGAUUCACCAAGGCAAAGGGUUAUGGAACACCAAGCUACUGCUGGCUGUCUCUGGAAGGAGGUCUUCUCUAUGCAUUUGUGGGACCCGCUGCAGCCGUAGUCUUGGUUAACAUGGUUAUUGGGAUUCUCGUUUUUAACAAACUGGUGUCCAAAGACGGAAUUACUGAUAUGAAACUAAAGGAGAGGGCGGGGGCUCUCCAAUCAGGGACACAUCAGUCUCAGAAGCCCCCUCCCUUGUCAUCAGUGAUUGGCCUGACUGACAGCAUGAACUGUCAGAUGACAGUGCCACUGUACAAUAUGACGCUCAAAUGUGCCAAGUGCGGAGUUAUCUCUUCGGCUGACGUUUCCACCACAGCUACCAGUAACGCCAUGGCGUCACUGUGGAGCUCCUGUGUGGUAUUGCCACUCUUGGCUCUCACGUGGAUGUCAGCUGUCCUGGCCAUCACCGACCGACGUUCUGCGCUCUUCCAGAUCCUUUUUGCUGUGUUUGAUUCACUGGAAGGCUUUGUCAUUGUCAUGGUUCACUGCAUCCUUCGCAGAGAGGUUCAGGAGGCAGUGAAGUGUCGUGUGGUGGACCGACAAGAAGACACCAAUGGAGAUUCAGGAGGAUCAUUUCAGAAUGGCCAUGCUCAGCUAAUGACUGACUUUGAGAAAGAUGUGGAUAUGGCUUGCAGAUCAGGCACCAUGAAGCGCUCAUCCCUCCAGGGGGAAGAGAAGGCCUCCUCUGGAACCCUCACUCUUCAAAAAGGUUCUAAUUUUAACACCAUGCCGGCCAGCAUGGCCAAGGUUCACCUCCAGAAUGUGGCCGACUAUACGAGCCACACUUUGACGAUGCGGAGGGAGAAAGGCGCCACAAAAGGAAUCAGUACCGAGCUGCCGGGUGCCAAAUCCAUCUACAUCUGCGACGGCGAACUCUUCAAGCAGCUGGAUGGAGAUCUGCCUCGAGGGAACGGUGAAGGCAGCAGCUCUGAGGGGGCUGGCAAAGGCCCAGGGUAUGUCAUUCUACCGACAAACAAUACGGGCACCCUGAAACCGUCCAAGGGGAAAGAGGAGCAGGCAGCCAAGUAUAACAUCAGCAUUGAGCAGCUGCCUCAGACCAGGCUCAUCCACCUGGCUAACCCUGCCAGUGGAGAGCCAGUGCCUGGCUUUGGGCUGAAGAGCCUGCCUGCUGACCAGGUCAGUGUGUCAUGCUCUGACAGAGACUCACCUGCGCACAACCUGCAGAACGUGCCCAGAGACUCCAAGGUGACCAACAACAUGUGUGACGGAGGAGAGUCUGGAAAUUCUGGAGUGGUGUCCAAGAGUGAGACUGUCUCCACACUGUCCAUGAGCUCGCUGGAGAGACGAAAAUCACGCUAUGCAGAGCUUGACUUUGAGAAAAUAAUGCACACCCGGAAACGCCACCAGGACAUGUUUCAGGACCUGAACAGGAAGAUUCACAGUGCAGACAAGGAUAGAGAAUCUCCACCUGUUGACGCCAAAGCUACCAAAAGAUGGAGUGUGUCCUCUGCCAGCAGCGACAAGACCAACAUGAGUGACAAACAGCAGACCCCGAGCAAGAGGGCGUGGGAAGGCAUUCGUAAGACCAACUCACCCCCGUCCUGGGUGCGGAAGGACCUGGAGACAGUGGCGGCCUCCCCUCUUGAGCUGCAGACAGUAGAGUGGGAGAAGACAAGUGCAACCAUUCCUCUUGUGGGCCAGGAGAUCAUGGACCUGCAGACAGAGGUGUGACCCAGAUUCUGGCUCACAGCACACAGUUCCACUUUUGCUCCAGAGCUCUCAGACAACCAAGCAGACACACGACACACAUACUGCCCUGCUGUGUACUUCUAUUCAAAGGCUGGAUGUAGCCGAGACCGUGAGGGGGAAAGGAGGGCAAGGAAAAGAGUCACAAUGACAGAAAAUCAAGUUAACGAAUUAAAGAGAGAAUGAGAUCACGGUGUCUCGUUCUCUGUUUCAUUUGAUGUUUUUGAAGCCACCAAUUACUGGUCACCUUCCUGUAUAUGAUACUGCAGGCUUACGCUGGAGACAGAUUGCCAAAGUAGCAGAUGAAGCUGCUAUAUGUGCAUCAUUAAGUCAUGUAAUAAACAGCAUAGCAAAGGUAAUCACGCGAUGUUUACCCCUGUAUUAAAUGGUUACAAUGUAAUAAUCAUGAUUAUGUCUCUUUAUUUUCACUGUUGAGAGUAUUGUUGCAUUGCUGUUCUGCUCUCUUUAUUCCUGACCAAAUUCUGAUGUUGUAUGCAGCUCAACAUGCCUCUGAAUUUCUCUCUUUUUCGACAUAAGCCUUGGGAAGAAAAAAUUCACAUGGCGUUUGAGGAGGCAGACUGCCAAACAUACACCCAUAUGUGCCCCUCAGUGCCGCUCCCUGCUCCCCAACAAUUCACUCCAGUCUCUAACGCCUUAUCCCACCCCUCACGAUAGUAGGCCAAGGCUGGCCCUGCAGCGACAAGGAAAAAAACCGGGGGGGGAGUGAGAAAAAGAAAUCAAAAACAUCACGUUGAGCCAAAAUGGAAAGUUGCCUUCUCAUCGACGGACACCUCAGAGAUGGUGGAGGGCAUGCCGGCGGGCUUUGUGCUCUGUUCGCUCUUCAACCUCAAUGCCGCCUAAAAGAGGGACAACAGGAGUACAGCAAACACAAGUUGGUUGGGUCAGUUUCUUGAUGUACAAGCAGGCUUGAUACAGUUAAUGCAAACAUGAUGCUAAGGGAAAAAAGGUAUUACUGUGUGUGAAUAUGUGUGUGUGUGUGCGCACUGAAAAAAUGGAAGAUGAAUAAACCCAUAGAUCUAUCGAUAUAUAUGUUAUGAUGAUUACAGAUAAUGACACGUACAAGGUAGAGUAAUAUAAAGGUUGGUGGUUGCACACAGAGAAAGCACAAGGCUCAUUUGGAGUCCUGAUGUACAGCAUUGUAAUUAUUUCAACAGAGUUCUACAGAAUGGAUUUUAGCCUAUAAAUAUCUUUCUUACUGUGCUUGGGGGUAGUUGUCAUCAUUAUUAUAAAUAUGAACAUGAUUAUUCUGAUACCAGUCCUUCCAUUCCCUCCCCCUGUCCUUUCAGGGUAUUGGACUAUACGAGUGUUCUGUAUCACAGUGUAACAGUGUGUGUUUUGAUAUCACCGCCAGUCACUCCCUCAGAUCUGUAUUUGUUGAAAAAACCCUGACUGCCGACCUCUGAGCUCCUGCUUCCUCCGACCUCUGAUUUGCGCCCCACCCUGGCACACACACACACACACACACUCUCCUCCCAUCUCCCCUCACUCCUGUUUUUAUUUUACUGGGGUCGCCUUUUUGUUAAUGUACAGUUUUCAGAGCACAAAAUGAAUGUGUCUUAUUUCUAAUAAAAGCAUAUCUAUAUAAUAAAAUAA